GCUCUUGCAGGUUCAAAGAAUCUAUCUUUAAGGAAUUCAUUUUAGUUGAAGAUUCUCUUGAGGGAACUCUUCAAGCUAUCCAUUUCUCCGAUAUGGAAUAUAAUAAUAAGAGUGAUGAUGGUCCAUUGCCAAUUUUUUCUCUUGCAAAACUUGAUAAUAGUUCUGCAGAAACUACUAUUCGAUUAAAAGGAAAUUUUACUGAUAUAGUACUUGAAGAGCAGGUCACAUAUCGUCUAUAUAAAAGAUACUUUGAUAUCAACACUGUUAAGAUUCUAAAAAUGCUCAAAGAGCUUGAUAAGAAAGAAAAUUCAUUGUUUUUGAACAUAUUGAAAAAUCCAAAUACAUGGGGAAAUUCCUUAUCUGAAAAAUACACAUAUUUAAAGGAAUUAAAGGAUAUUGCUUUGAAACUAUGUGAUGAAUUCUCUAUGUCUCCAUCACAAAGAGAAAUUGCCGAAAAUCUGUUGGAAAAAAGGUUACAAAUUGUCUGGGGUCCACCAGGAUCUGGAAAAACACAUUUUCUUGCAUUGUUUGUUACAUGGUAUCUGACUGUAGUAAAAUCUCGUACAGAAAAAAAAAAUUGUAUUAUUGGAAUUACUGCUUAUACUAAAGCUGCUAUAGAUAAUCUGUUAGAGC